CGGCCUUCGGGAGAGAUAGAAAUGUUUGUGUGGGUGGCCCUGACCCUCCCCUGGACGGCCCUGUGUGCGCAACAAUGCGGCAUCUCGUUCAGCCCUCGGCCCCAGGGCACCGCCAAGAUAAGCGACGCGAUGAUGAACACAGGGGCCCUGACGAACCUCGACAGCUUCACGCUCUCCCAGUCCAAGGCCCUGCCCUCCCUCCUCACCAAACAGCAGCAAACACAGCUCCACGCCCGACAGGCCCAGACGGCCACCUUCCAGACCAUCCUUGAAGACAAGAGGGGGCAGAAUGCGAUGUUCAAGCAGCUGUUCGAGGGCAAGCUCACCGCGAUUGGCAACGGGGCCGGCAUGGCACCCGGACAGCGCACUUCCAUCACUGGGCUGGGCAAGGAACUCGAGCAGGCCUUGGCGAAACUGGCUGCCGCGACCAGUGAGGCGGGCGUGACACACAAGUUCUCAUUCGGCAACUUCAAGAUGACCCCUGACGGCAAGGUGAGUGAGGCGUCAAAGACCGCCUAGGUAGGCAUGUUUGUGCCAUAUGUGUGUGUGUGUGUGUGUGUGACCGUAGGUCUUCAAUGACCGUGGCGAGAAGGUUUAUGAGGUGUCGAAGGAGGCCCUCCAGGCCAGCAAGCGCCUCAACCCCAAUUACACGGACAGCGCCAUGACGCCGGCAAAGACCACAGGCGAGCUGCUGGGGCUCUCAUCAUCCCGGCCACCCAACAAGGGCACGAUGGCCACAGCCGAUCAAGCCAACAACAAGAACCAGUGCCAGAACCAGUGCCGCCCCACCACGUGCGCGCGGCAGCCGACGCAAGAGACACCACGGCGACAGCAGCCGCCCCUUCCCCAGCCCGCACAGAAGCACAAAGAGGACAAAAGAGACGAAAGCAGCAAGGACCAGAGGAAACAACAACAGCAACAGCAGCAGCAGCAGCAGCAGCAGCAGAAACAGCCGGAGACCUUACUUGCCAAGAAGGAGAAGGAGCCCCCGGUGAGAUACGACACGCCCCAGCUGCUGCCGCAGCUGCCCGCCACGAGCAACCUCAACUCUCUCGGCGGCCACCCGACCCUCUUCCCGCAUCUUGGCCAUCAUCACGGACAAGAAGAAGAUGACAUCGCUCCUUCGUCCGUGCCAGCUCUCUGCAUGGACUGCGACACAUUGCUUGUGACCGACCCCGCCACCGGCGAGACGUACCGUUCUCACGACCAGGAAGAUCACAUGACGGUCAUCACGCCCCCUCCCGCCCCCCUCGCCUAUCUGUCCCGCCCACCGACCCAAGCGCAUCGGGGCCCUCUGAAGGUGCGUGUGCAGGGGGCGGUCAACAAGAAGCUCGGCGACGGGAUGCAGCAGCUGCGGAUGGUGCUGAGCAUGCACCUGCUUUUCGGGAUUGGGCGGGGGAAGUGGAAUAAUGAGAGGCAGGGAGUGAUGCUGGGCAGCAGGGUGCAGCUCGACUGUGGGCAGGUGCUGAGCGCCAGGGAGGGGAGGCGGUGCGAGGAGCGGUCCAAUUGGUGAAGGAGGUGGAAUUGGUUGGACGUCUGAAUCACGUGUGUGGAUGUCCCAUUGCUACCCUUCGCUAAGCUAUGCCACACUGCUGUGUGUGGGCAUUGCUGGCAUUGCAGGCGGGCAGGGUUUUGACCGUUUGUUGGUGCUUGCUGUGCGUUUCUUGGUUAGUCGCGUGGUGGUUUGGUCGUCUGGGGGGUCAGUUCUAGUAGGGUGUGGCGUCAGACUCAAUCAAGAGAUGUUUUCUCUGUUUGUGAAAAGUGAG